UAUGACGAUAGGCGCCGCGAUGGCAGCGGCCACCGGGAUCGUGGUGGCUUCCUUCCUCCUCGUUACCGGGAUGAUCAUCAUAGAGCCAAUGGACCUGGAGGUAGCCGGGAUCGACGCGACAGAUCACGACUUGACUCUCGGUCGCCCAAAUCUCGAAGCCGUUCAGCUUCUCGAAACAGCCGGUCCCGUUCUGGUCAGCGAUCCAGAUCUCAUUCACGUUCGAGAUCGCGUUCUCGUUCUCCAGUGGCUCGUUCUUCAACCACUGGAUUGAGAGCUGGGGCCUCCCUUGCUAAUACUAGCUCUGCCAGUACUGCGGGAGCACAGUCCACUGACCCUGGGGGGGGUUUUAUGCGCUCACGUUCUCGUUCCAGGUCUAGGUCAUUGUCUCGACCUCGUAAUGAAUCUGGUUCUGCAAGCAAGCGCAACACUGCCGGGCAGACCACAACGGGAGCAAGUACGCAUGCCCAAACGGCUGGGAGUAAUACUAAUGAUGGGCCUCGUCCUCGUCGGCAGAGGUCCCCAACCACUUCUUCUUCGUGUAGCAGUAGUCGUUCUCCUUCACGUAGUCCAUCUCGCACCCCUCCACCGGGUAACAAGAGAGGCAGGUAA